AUGGAGAUCUCCCUGGAUGCGCUGCUGGGUGUGCAGAGGCACAAGCAGGACCUGGCCUACCGCCUCGCACAUGACGUCUCGGGGUUGCUCCUCUACCUUCACGUGCAGACGCCGCAGCUCCCGUGGCCCGGCCCGCCGCUCAAGCUCCUCCCCUUGGACAUCGAGCUCCCCGCCGCCCCCUUCACGGUCGGCGUCGAUCUCCCGGCCCUGGACGUCGCGUCCUUCGUGGAGAUCGGCGGCCGGCUCAGGCUGGCCGGGUCCGACCUCGGCGCCUCCGUCGGCGGCGCCGUGCAGCAGCUGUCGCGGCAGCUUCCCGCGCCGUUCCAUGCGCGGCGCCGGAAGUGGGAGGGGGACGCCGCGCCGCCGACGCCCGUGGCGGCGGUGGACGAGGGGGAAGCGGGGAUCGCUACGGAGAGGGCUGUCGAGGGCGGGGUAGCCUUGGAGGGCGUCGGGGAAGGAGGAUCGGGUCGGGUCGGGUCGG